AUGGCCAAAACAGUGUUUUCUUCGUCGCCGCCGGCUGUGACUGAUGUCCUCGUGAGCUUCCCGGUGCCACACGUCUUGCUGGUGACGCUGAACCGGCCGGGCCAGCUCAACGCCCUGCGCCGAGCCCAGCACGCGGCCCUAGACCGGCUCUUCCACUGGUACGAUGCGGAGCCGAGUCUGCGCUGUGCUGUCAUCACGGGCACGGGUCGUGCGUUUUGUGCGGGGGCGGACUUGAAGGAGUGGAACGAACGGAAUGCGGAAAAGGAGGCAGCCAUGUCGACAGAGUCUUCGUCGUCCCCCUCGACGGCCAGUUGGGCUGGCUCCGGCUUUGGUGGUCUCAGCAACCGUGCAGGCAAGAAGCCGGUCGUGGCGGCCGUCAAUGGCCUCUGUCUGGGUGGCGGCAUGGAGAUGGCCGUCAACUGUGAUCUCGUCGUGGCCGCGGCGUCUGCUCGCUUCGGCCUGCCCGAGGUAGCUCGCGGCGUCGUCGCCAUCGCCGGCGCCCUGCCGCGGAUCGUCCGCACGCUUGGUCGCCAGCGUGCCGCCGAGAUGGCUCUGACCGGCCGCGCCUUCUCGGCCGCCGAGAUGGGGCGCUGGGGGCUCGUCAACCGGGUCGUGUCCGAGGCUGCCGACGUCGUCCCCGUCGCGCUCGAGCUCGCCCAGGCCGUUGCCGCCAACUCGCCUGAUGCCGUCAUCGUCUCGCGCGAGGGCCUGCGGCUCGGCUGGGAGAGCGUCGGCCCGCAGCUCGGCACCGAACUGCUUGAGCGCGGCCUCUACGGCCAGAUCGACCGUGCAUCCAACAUGCGCGAGGGCCUGCUGAGCUUCGUCGAGAAGCGUGCGCCUGUAUGGACAGACAGCAAGCUGUAG